UCUCUUUCCCUUGCAUACCAUCCGAAAAACCUAACCGUACAACAUUUUUUCAGCCGCCACCUUGUCUCUCCAACUUCCAGCCGCCGCCACCACGUCCUAGACGUCGCCUUGAACGGCCGAGAACCUCACCGUUGCACCCGCUUCCGACGAAGCCGGAAACCGCCGAAGCCAACACCACACGCUGCUGUUGCCGGCGAUAGCGAAGACCGACGAUUCGUGGCCGCUGUUGCCUCUCCUUCUCCGAAGUGACAACCAGAGUAAGAUGCAUCAGAGAAAUUCUGGCAAUCGGCGUCCAUCGGGAACCGAUGGCUCUGAUUUCUCAUACAGAAUGGUCGUCGACAACAGAUAUACAACGGUAGCCAAGGGAAAAUCCACACUCUCCAAUGUUCUUGCGAUUCAGGCAGUAGUAGUGCUGCUGCUAGGAGUACUUGACAUCCUUUUCAUUCUGUUAAAGAAGGAGCCUCUUGAAAUAUUAGCUGUUGCAUCGAUUUUUGUAACUAUCAUUUCAAUUAUAAUUGGAGAAUUAGGUCGAAAGCGUAGCAGAGUGAGCCUUUUGAAAUUGUAUAUGGCUGCAUCAUCUAUAGGAAUACUUGGAUCAAUUGCUUCCAUUAUCCAACUAAAGGCAAGCACACCUCUUCUUGGUCUUGGUCUGAGUAAUUGUAAUUGGGAAACAGAUAAGUUUGAUGUAUUGAAGAUUGCUUGUGUUGCUGUUGGACUGUUUGUGCAAAUAUUUUCUAUCAGUAAAACAACAUCUCUGAUCGGGAAUAUGUCUCCAAAACGAGCUUCUUGAUGCAAACCGUCAGUAUUCACCAUCUCAUCUAAAGUCCAAUUUUUCUUUGGCAAACAUACAGUUUUAUGUUGUAAGGGUGGCCGACUUAAUGUCUUAAUGAAAAACGGAAACUACUUUGAAUGUUUGAGAAUUGAGAUAUGUAUGAAGUUGGCACUUGGCAGGGGUUCUCACUUCCGUGGGUUCUAGAAAUGGGCCUCACUUAUUAGAUAAUACACUUUUUUAUAUUUCUGUAACUUUCAUUUCAAUAAACGAUUGUAACUAGAGGGGAAUCAUGCCCGCCGUUGGCGCUGUGUUUGUUUUUUUUCCCUUAUUUCAAGCUGUACCG